UUCAGUGGCAUUAAAUAUUCUUUGAGAUAAGUUUCUGUUACAUUAUCAAUUCAUGAUUGCAAACCCAGUUCCAAAAUCAGUUUCAAAAAAAUUAAUAGCAUGGCCACAUCAUCAUCAAAUGAGAAGAAAAACACGCACACCAAUGGGGUAAUUAUCAAAGUGUACGUGGAAUCUCCUAAAACUCGUUCCAUGAAGAAAACAAAGCCACGUGAAAAUCUUAUAAAUGCAGAAACGCAGGGAUAUGAACAUGAUCGUCGUGCUUUGCUUCUUGCUCAUUCUCGAUCUCUUAGAAAAUCAGCAUCUGAAAAGAAGGUUCCAUUGCCCAUUGUUCAAUCAAAUUCAAGACCUAAAAUUAAAAAGGCCAUGUCUUAUCAACCGGUUAGAAUAUGCUCGUGCUCGCCAUCAAAGGAAACUGUUCCAAGCUUAACUAUUCGGAGCAGAAAUGAACCCAAAGAGAAAAAAGAAGAUAACCGAUCCGAGAAGAAAAAUUCCAAGGAGAAAUCCUCUCCCCAAUUUUUGGUAACAUUUCAGAGACUGAUUGCUUAUUUCAUCACUACUUUGAUUCUGAUUUGAAUUCCUUGAUUUUUGUUUAUAUUUGGAUAUGCAGGGUAAAUGGAAGAGCAUGUUGAAACAGCUAUCAUGCAAAGAAAUAUA